CCAUUUCCCAGUGAACCAAGUGCUGUGAUUCUCUGUCACUGACGAGCAUCGGUGAUGAGGAGGAACAGAUUGCCUUGAAGUGUCAUGAAUGCCACACAUUGGACGCCUCUGUACAGGAAGAGAACUCCCACCACAAACUCCUUUCACUUUCACUGUAACGGCUGCUCUUGUGCUGUGGCCUCUCACUGCUGCCGCUACUCAGGGCAAACUCGUUUACUGUGAGCAGCUGGUGGGUAAGACUGGUCCCGAGCCGAGGACAGCGAGUGGGGAUUGCAGAGAGUGAAGGACACACUCCGAGAUCAAAUGGCUGCCUCCAAGUUCUUCCAUUCUGAUGAAAUCAUUGGACUACAAUCUGAUUAUAAGACUGGUGGAUUAGGAGCCAUUCUAUCUCAGAUAAGGAAUAAAUGUAGUCACUUAGAUGAGGUACAGGUUAACAUUGCAGUGGCAGGUGAAGCAGGCUCAGGGAAAUCCACCUUUAUCAAUGCCAUAAGAAAUCUUCAGAGCAACGCUCAGGGAGCUGCUCCGACUGGUCACUGUGAGACCACAACUGAGCCAACCAUGUAUCCCUAUCCACAUCUCCCCAAUGUUCAGCUCUGGGACCUUCCAGCAGUAAAUAGCUGUGGUUUGGGAAUGAAGCGUUAUCUGGAGCUGGUAAAGUUUGAGAGCUACGACUUCUUCAUCAUUGUGGCUCAGGCUCGCUUCAGGGAAAAUGAUGCUGAACUGGCCAAGAAGGUCCAGGAGCAGGGCAAACUGUGCUUCUAUGUCCGAUGUAAAAUAGACAAUGAUCUGCACUCACUGGCAAUGGAAGGAGCUGAGUUUACAGAAGAUGAAGAGAUGAAGACAAUCCGGAUGGACUGUGUGGCCAACUUCCAAUACACUAACAUUAAAAUACCCCCCAUUUUUCUGAUAUCAAACUUUAAAUUGAACAAAUAUGACUUUCCUGAACUAAGGACGAACCUCGUCAGACAUGUCCCGAUGAUCAGGUCACAGGGUUUCACACUCGCACUCCCCGAAAUAACCAGGGAGAUUAUGGGACAGAAGAUAAGAUCGAUGGUGAACAGAAUCUGGCUGUUGGCUGUGCUGGCUGGUGCUGUGGGUGCGGUCCCACGGCCAGGCUUGUUGUUUGUGACUUGCAUUGGGCUGGUAGUCGCAGGACUCGUAUAUCUCCAGCGUGAGGUUGGACUGGAUUACGGGUCUCUGUACAGAGCGAUCAGCUCAUUCCGGGAGGAGCCCAUGAGCAUAUGGAAAACUGUAAAGAAGCUUUGUUUACUGAGUAAACUGUCUCCAGUGCUGUUGGCCACCGCUGUUGGCUGCACGGUGGCUAUGAAGGAACGUGGCUUCCCUCCAGUGACCAUCUCUCUCCUCGGAGCAGCAGUGUCCUCGUGGUUCACCGUCACGGUCCUGACGGACGCAGUGAGGCAGCACGUGGGAGCCGCACAGAGAGCCGUGAAAAGCAUGUUUGAUAAAGAUUCAUUUUAUCUUCUGUAAUA